AUACGGCGUACCUGUCGUACAUUAUUUGCAUAUGAAAAGCCACAUGCCAUUGUGUGAAUUUGAUGGGAGUUGGUGAUCGCUGUUUCAUUGUUUUAAAUCAUAUGUGCACAUUCUUCCAAAUUUGAAUUGUAGAUGAUAUAUUUUCGAAAAUGUGUUCUGCAGGCUGAGAAUGGAUUGAAAACAAAUAUUGACUUGUUUUGUUUUUGUUUUGGAAUUUUGCUGUACAAUUGUUUACUGAAAGUAUAGAGAAAUAUUUUGCAUUUGAUUGCUAAUUAAUGAACAAACAACCAUGACAGACUGUGUAGUAUGAUCAAACAGGGAGUUGUACAGGAAAAGAUAGCUGAUCUAUCCAUGAACCAGUUGCCACCACUCAGUAAUCUACCGCAGUGGUCACGCAUCAACACACUGGACAGAGGACGCUAUCCAAAGCCGUUUGUCAAGGACAAACACAAUCCAACUGUGGAUGGAAAGAAGGAUGAAGAAAAUGAAGAGGAUAAAGAUGUAACGGAGAUGAAUCCGACUCAGAGGAUCCAUCAUCUUGAGAGGAGUAUCGGAUUCCUUAAACAACAACAUCAGGAAGUCCUUAGGUGUUUACAUGAAGAAAUAGAAGGACUUAAAAAGGAAAACAAAGAUCUCCAGUUUAAGAUUAUUAUGAGUCAAAAGAAUCAACAACAGUCAGAAAAACGAAGUGCUAGUACUAAUAGUCAUAAAAGUCGGAAAGAAGAAUCUCGUUCACGAGGUGGUGCUGGUAUGGAUAAAGAAUAUUCCUCAAAUUCUCUGAUCUCACAAACUAUAGAAAUAACUAGCUCUGCUGGACGAUCUCGGGAAGAAAGAAUAGAUGAGUUAAAGAUUAUAUUUCUAGAAGAAGAAAUUAAAGAAUUAAAGCAUGCAUUACGAGAAGCAAGGAAUCGUAAUACUUAUCUGACUAACUUGUUAGAACAAGCAGAGGAUGCCAAAAAGAAACAGUCACAGAAGAUAGAAACUUUACAAUAUCAGGUCACACAAGGUGGAGGACCAUUAGCUGAACAAUUAACUACAGGGAGCAUAACUCUGUUCAAUAAUCCUCAGCGACCCCCAGCAUUGUCUGAGUGUGAAGCUGUUAUAAGACAUCUUCAACAUGUUAAUGAACAACAAAAACAUGAGCUGGAUUCUUUGAAGUCAGAUCUGAGAGAUGUACUGUAUUCCCACAAGUGGACACCUGAUGCCUAUCUCCUUGCCAAGGCUUACAUAGCGGAAGAUGAUGCCAAAGAACAAGAUAAAACACUACCUAAGUUAUCACUUAAAAAUCCGUCCAGAAAAUUGCCAGAUAUAGCUUAUAUAAAUCAUGAUUCUGUCGUCCUCCCAGCGUUAAAACAAACCGUAGGUAAUAAAGCUGCAGAAAGGAGAAAGAGAACACAGAUUCUACAGAAAGCCAGAUUACGAAAGGAGGUGUUACCAUAAACCAUUAUUCGGCUGUGAUAAUGUUGUGUGUUAUCAUGUGUCAACUCUGUUAACGUGUGCAAGUGUGUGAUUGUGUAGUGUAUGACUUACAUGUUCUUCAUUUUAUCAUUGAUUUAUUUUUUUUAAAUCCUAUUAAUAUGUAUGCUAAUUAAAUGAUCUUUAUUUAUAUAUAUACACAAACAAACUAGCUUAUUAUAAUCUAUUUUACAGUAGAGUAGGGCUUUUUUUCUAUUAAGAGAAAGAAGAUGUAAUUGUGAUAAUGUUAACAUUUGUGAUACUUUUUCCGUCCACCACACAUUCCUUUGUCUUUAAAUAUUUUUUAAGGUACAAUGCUUAUUUAAAAAUUUGCUUGUCAUUUGUUUAUUUAAUGUUAAGUCAAUGAUGAACAACAUUACCAUACUUGACUUUACUAUUAGAAUUUUUUAAAUUAUGGUUUAAAUACUAGUGGUGAAUUAAUGAGCCCAAGAAAAAAAAUGUAUAUUAAUGAAUAACUUUUUGGAUAGAGAAAAAUACACCUUAAGUUUGGAAUACUGGGUUGUUAACAAAGGGGAUAUUUCUCUUCAUAGAAUUGAUUGAAAAAAAUUAAGGGGAGACAGGGUUUUUUACCUUAAAUAAUUGACAUUUUCACCUUGGAAUGUAACUCCCAACUCAGGUUCUAAACGUACAUGAUAAUAUGCAAUUUAGGUCUGACACUAGUAUGGUUAGCCCAAAUUAAGAUUUAAAAAUAUUUUUUUAUUGGAGUAAUUCACUUAAUAUUAACUCAAGGUCAAUCCUUUGGGAAAAUUUUGACGGUGACUAAGUCUGAUCUGUACUCAAGUUCAAUAUGAAUAUCAACAUAUCUAAGGCCUGAGUGAACUUUUUACUAUCACAGACCCAUUCAUUUAACAUUGUGGUUUUCUGAAUUGCUAUACUCAAAGAUUUCAAAGCAACAUUUUUAAACUUGAAAUGACCAAUCUGUUUUAUUAAUAUGUGUUAUUAGAAAAUAUUAUACUUCAAGGUGUUUUUAUUUUGAACAGACAUUCCUUAAGAAAAAUUCAAAAUUAAAAAUGUUUAUCCACAAAAUAGACUUAUUUCCUGGUAUUAGAUAGCAGGGAAUCUAAUGUUCAAUUUUGUUUACAAUUCAAUCCGUCCAUAAAUUAUUCCUUAUAUGUAUUAUCUGUCAUGUACAAAUGAUGUAGGUGUCUUAAUUCUCCUGUAUAUUUUAACAGGUGACACAGCUUUCUGUGACCUUUGAACCUGCAUUUAUUGUGUUGAAAAGGUGUGUAAUGUGUUCUGUACAUGUAUAUAUAUUGUGUACUGAUUAUAUACACCAGGUCAAUGCAUUUUAUUCACUUCAUAAAAUGUCAUUCCUCACAUUUUUAUGAGAUUUUGGAUAGCCCUUGUUUGUCACAUCAAGUGUGUUCCAGGAGUUUUUCUUUAUUGUAUGAUAUGAAUGAAUGUAUAUAUGUAUAUUUCUUUUAUUUAAAGCAUCAAGGAAAAUGAGAAAAAUUCUAAAUUCCAGAAAAGGGCUGGCUUGUCACCAAAAAAAAUAAAACUUAGAAUUAUUUCUAAAUAUACUGAAUUUUUUUUUGAAAAAAAGAAUUUUUAUGUCGCAUAUUUUUUUAUGAUGUCAAUUUAUAAAAUUUUGUUCAAGUUUAGAUAAGGGGAAGACAUUCAUACUAUAUUACACAAUGAUGCUAGUCUAUGAUUGCUAUGACGUCUGAUGGCCUGUUUUGGGGUCUUUUUUGGGGGGCUUCUUUAAAGCUCAAGCAACCCAUCCAGACGUCGGUGCAAUUUCAGCCUACUGUGGAUUCACUUAUUUUCAUGGGUACUAAUUUUCGUUGAUAAAGGUUUGAAUUUAUGGAUAUUUGAUUUUGCCAAAAUUUGCAUACAAACCUUUAGAAAAUGUGAUCUUUGUUGAAAAUUUAAAUUAAUGGUUCACCUGUAACCACGAAGUUCUUGAAAAUAAGCAUCCAAUGAAUGAUAAUGAAUCAACAGGAAAUAAUGUACACAAGAAAUAAAAGUUGUUAUUUCCCAUUUGGCAACAAUUUUUGUUAUACUCUUAUAUUCUUAUUAUUCAUUAAGAAUAUAUGUUUUUCAGUCCAAUGUACUGGCAAGUUUUAAAUUACAACAGAUAUAGAAGAUAGACCUAUUUUUUAAUCGUUUAUCAACCUGACAAUAAUUCAUCCUUUUCUUAAUUUUAAAAUUACAAUUAUUUUGCUUGUUUAAAUGUUAUGUAUAAACAGUUUUAUACUACUGAACUUUUUAUGUGUCACUAUUUGGAAAUUUUAUUUUUCUAUUUUUGGUUUGUUAGUUAUUGUUUCAUGAACUUUUAAUGUUUUCUGUAUUCACAAUUUAAACAAGUGAACGAGUAAAAUCAUAAUUUUUUUAUUUGUAAACUUCUAAGUCAUUCUGUUUAAGAAAGAUAUUUUAAUGAUAGUACAUUUUUUGUACUUAAAUUUUUUUUCAAUUCAACUAUAGGUGUCAACUAUUCUUGCCACUGGGAGCCUCCUUUUUAUGUUUUCCGAAAUUUGGAAAUUUCUCACUGAUGACCAGUCUGUCCGAUCUUCUAUUUUGGAAUAAAAAUAAUCUCCACCAUUAUUUCAUUAUUUUGUUGUUGUUUCUAAUGUAAACAUUGACAAGUUUUAUUUGUCAAAACAUUGGGAUUCAAUUGAAUGUUGUUUGUAAAAAAAUAUCAUUAUUAAAAUUAUAAGAUAAAAUAUUAGAAAAAAAAGAAAUAGGUUUUGCAGAAAAAAUCUCCUUCUGCCGUUCUUGAGAUGAAUCUCCAUUUUUGAGGACUUGAAAAGUUGACACUUAUGGUUUUACUGAUCUUUUCAAUGGCUUUUAGAACAAUAAUAAAAACAAAAUCAGUUGAA